AUGAAAUCACAUGAGGCAAAGGGUCGAAGUCCUCAUUUGGUUGAUCACUUGGAUGAUUGUGUUCGUGGAUCUCAAUUGGCGGAGCAAUCUGUUUCUGCUUUGGUGAAUGAAACAGAUGUGAUUAGAAGAACAGACAACACUUCUGCUCAUGAUCCAUCUAAUACAAUAGUUCUCCAAAAGGAAAUGCAAAAUGCUGAGGACCCUACUAUGCAAACUCGUGCAGAAAGGCGGUCUGAGAGCAGCAAGAUCAAUGGAACGCUGAAAGUGGUUCCUGGUGGUCAGGCAGCAUUAGAUAACGUGGGCUUCUCUCAGUUUUCUCCACCAUCUACAACAUCCUUUUCUCCUAGCAGGUAUUUGACAUCAAGAUACAAGUGA